UAGUAUUUUUUAUUUGUUGUUUUAAUUGAUACGCGUGUAUAUUGAUAUUUGAUUUAAGAGUUUAAGACUGCCCGAUAGCGAUCACACUAGGACUAAAAAUAUGUGGUGAGCAAUUUCCGGUGACACCGCCAGGACUUUUUUGUUACGGAAGUGUGCUUGAACUUGGAAGUUUCAGUUUGGAAUUUGCAUAUUAUUGUAAAUUCUGUGUGUGCAAAAAAUAUGGCAGCUAUUGUUUGUGCAAGUUUGAUCAGUAGCAACAACAUUCCUAUUAUGGUGCAAAGUCAAACGGACAGCAAACCGCUGAACUUGUGCAAACAACAACCGCUCAACAACCCCGACGACCCACAACGCGUCAAACAGACACUGAAAACACUGAUCCAGUCAAGACGUUUGGCAGAGGGAAAGGACGCAAUAACUAUUGAUUUUGAUAAACGUCAGUCUGAUGAUGAUCUGAAGCUUACUCCAGAAGAAUUAGCACGCCAAAAGGAUAGGAAGGAGCAAAAUCGGCGAGCUGCUCAAAAAUGUCGACAGAAAAAGAGACAUCAGCUACAGACAUUACAAGAGGAGGAAGAGGAACUUCUGUUAAGAAGAUGUCAGUUAGAGGCAAAAUAUCAGAAACUUAACUCUGAAAAAGAGAAAUUAUUGCAUACAAUUCGGUCCAACGGCCAGUACACAUGUAAUCCUACAGACAGUAGAAAGGAGGCAGUGAGUAGAAGUGAUGAUGAAGUGAGUAGUCAAAGUACAAGAGGUGCCGAGGACAACGUUAGCGCUGGCCAUGUUGUCUGGAGUCUCUUAAACAAAACCACAAAAAAUCAUAAACAUUAUUAUAUCCAGAAAUAUCGCAAAGAUCAGUUGUCAGAGGCUGCAAGUGAAAAGGCACAGUAUGAUAGUAGUCAGAUCUCUGCAUCAGACUCGGACAGUCAGUCUAGCUGUCCUACAAUAUUUUCCAGCUCAGAAAGUGGGCCCUGUUUGAAACAGGAAUCGAUGGCUUGUGGAAACACCACCCAUACAUUUCAUGUUUCAAGUAGUGAGGGAAAAUUUAAUGAGGACAACACUUUGGGACAAACUUCACCUGUAGACUUUUCAAGAAAAAAUUUAAAUACAUUAAUCAAAGGUUGUGUGAUAGGAUUUAAAAAUAGAGACAAUAUGCAAGAAUCAGAAGAUAACAUCUCAAAUCACUUAGAUAGUUCACAGCAAAGAACAAUGUCAAAUGUGUCGGACAUGGAUGUUACUCACACGGAGAGUUAUCAGGAACUGUCUAGCUCACAAGAACUGUCUAGCUCACAAGAACUGUCUAGCUCACAAGAACUGUCUAGCUCUCAGGAACUACCCAGUUCACAAGAGUCAACAAACUCCUACUACAGAAACCAAAAAUCAUAUUUUGAUGUUGCAGAAUGUGAUGAAGAUUUUGUUGACAGCAGUGAUGAUGAAGAUAUUCUAAUCAUUGACGAAACAGUCAGUUCACCAGAGUUUAAACAAAAAAGUUUUUCAAGUCAAAUGUUUAACAGCAUAAAGGUUACUUGUACUUAGGUCCAGAUAAACUACGGUGUCAAAGAUCCAGAUAAACUAUAAUAUUGUCAAAGAUCCAGAUAAACUGUAAUGUUGUCAAAGAUCCAGAUAAACUAGGCUAGUGUCAAAGAUCCAGAUAAACUAUGAUAUUUUCAAAGUUCCUGAUAAACUACAGUACUAGUGUCAAAGAUCCAGAUAAACUGUAAUGUUGUCAAAGAUCCAAAUAAACUAUGAUUUGUCAAAGUUCCUGAUAAACUACAGUACGGGUGUCAGAGAUCCAGAUAAAAUAUACUAUUGUCAAAGAUCCAGAUAAACUGUAAUGUUGUCAAAGAUCUGGAUAAACUAGGAUAUUUUCAAAGUUCCUGAUAAACUACAGUACUAGUGUCAAAGAUGCAGAUAAACUAUAGUGUUGUCAAAGAUCCUGAUAAACUAUGAUUUGUCAAAGUUCCUGAUAAACUACAGUACUAGUGUCAAAGAUCCAGAUAAACUAUAAUAUUGUCGAUGAUCCAGAUAAACUAUACUAUUGUCAAAGAUCGAUAAACUAUGAUUUGUCAAAGUUCCUGAUAAACUACAGUACUAGUGUCAAAGAUCCUGAUAAACUACAGUACUAGUGUCAAAGAUCCAGAUAAACUAUACUAUUGUCAAAGAUCGAUAAACAAUGAUAUUGUCAAAGAAUCGGGACUAUACUAUUAUCAAAGAUCCAGAUAAUGUUGUCAAAGAUCAAGUCCAAAAUAUUAUCAAAGAUCCAUAUAAACUAUAAUAUUAUCAAAGAUCCAGAUAAACUAUAAUAUUAUCAAAGAUCCAGAUAAACUAUGAUUUGUCAAAGAUCCAGAUAAACUAUGAUAUUAUCAAAGAUCCAGAUAAACUAUGAUAUUAUCACAGAUCCAGAUAAACUAUAAUAUUAUCAAAGAUCCAUUUAAACUAUAAUAUUAUCGAAGAUCCAGAUAAACUAUAAUAUUAUCAAAGAUCCAGAUAAACUAUGAUUUGUCAAAGAUCCAGAUAAACUAUGAUAUUAUCAAAGAUCCAGAUAAACUAUGAUAUUAUCACAGAUCCAGAUAAACUAUAAUAUUAUCAGAGAUCCAGAUAAACUAUGAUUUGUCAAAGAUCCAGAUAAACUAUGAUUUGUCAAAGAUCCUGAUAAACUAUGAUAUUGUCAAGGAUCCAGAUAAACUAUAAUAUUAUCAAAGAUCAAGGUAAACUAUAAUAUUAUCAGAUCCAGAUAAACUAUAAUAUUAUCAAAGAAUCGGACUAUGAUAUUAUAAAAGAUCCAGAUAAACUAUGAUUUGUCAAAUGUCCAGAUAAAACAUAUUAUUGUCAAAGAUCCUGAUAAACUAUGAUAUUAUCAAAGAUCCAGAUAAACUAUAAUAUUGUCAAAGAUCGAUAAACUAUGAUAUUGUCAAAGAAUCGGACUAUACUAUUAUCAAAGAUCCAGAUAAUGUUGUCAAAGAUCAAGUCCAAAAUAUUAUCAAAGAUCCAUAUAAACUAUAAUAUUAUCAAAGAUCCAGAUAAACUAUGAUGUCAAAGAUCCAGAUAAACUAUGAUUUGUCAAAGAUCCAGAUAAACUAUGAUUUGUCAAAAGUCCAGAUAUAACAUAUUAUUGUCAAAGAUCCUGAUAAACUAUAAUAUUAUCAAAGAAUCAGAUAAACUAUGAUAUUAUCAAAGAUCCAGAUAAACUAUGAUUUGUCAAAGAUCCUGAUAAACUAUGAUUUUUCAAAGAUCCAGAUAAACUAUGAUAUUGUCAAGGAUCCAGAUAAACUAUGAUAUUGUCAAGGAUCCAGAUAAACUAUGAUAUUUUCAAGGAUCCAGAUAAACUAUGAUUUGUCAAAGAUCGGGAUUAACUGUAAUAUUUUGAAAGAUCCUGAUAAACUAUAGUUUUGUCAAAGGGAAAGAUUGGUAAAGUUUUUGGACAAUGAAAUUGUAGGUUUUUGAAAUGACCGUUUGACAUUUAGAUCUCUUUAUAUCUGUUAUAUAAAAGGAAAUGAAAAUAUCUUGGGAAUAAUUCUUUAAAAAAUAUCUACUGUAAACAUACUUUUUUUGCAAAAAAAAAAAAAUGUAUCAAUAGAAUUUUUAAGCUGUUUUAUUAAAGAAAAUAUAAUGUUAGUUCACAGAAAUAUAAAACACAAAAUUACUGAAAAUUGCAUUUAAUAGCACAUUGCCACAAGCUGAUCCAGUGUUUAUAGUUGCAGUGUUUUCCUAUAGCUCUAUUUAUACAUGAACUGUACUGAAAUGAUUCCAUUGAAAGUCUGAAAUCUGGAACAAGCAACAUUAACAAUCAUUCAGAUGUACGGGAGAUGAGAGAUCCAACAUCCGUGUAAACAGUUCUGUAUGGUUCUGUGUUACCCAUCAUUCAGAUAGUCAAUCAACAGCAGGCUACCAAUCUUUAUUCAACAAACCUCUACUGUGUGGCCCUAUUACUAUCUAAUACUAGGAACACCAAUCCCAAAAUACAUAUAUUGAUAUAUAUAUAUACUGUAUAAUAGUAACACAAAUAUGUCCUUCGCUCAAAUUUGAACUAAGAUGUGUUUUUACUAUAAUAAGUAUGUUUGCAGUAAUUUCCCAGAGAACAUCUUUUCCCUUUCCGUGAAUGCAAUUUUACAAUGGAUUCGUUCGAAUUCCCUUACUUCAUUCUAGUGAAGUGCACUGGGACUGAAUUCCAUUUGUAAUGGAUGUAUUUGGUCUACCCAAAGUAGAUCAAAGAAUGUAGAGCAGCCUUUUGAAAUCUGUGAUCAAUAUAUAUGCUACUAAAAGAAAUACAGACAUACAUGUGUGCAUCCAAUACGCUCUUCUAAUCCAGAAACAUUUCAAUAUUUCCUGUAAAUUUCUACAAUUUCUCGUGUUACUGAGGGAACCGCAUUGUUGGGAAGAGAUUGGUAAGUCUACUGAUGUUAAUUUGAACAAUAGUUACACUAGAAAAGUUCACUCAUUGUUAAGAAAUCCUUGAUUAUGCUGCUGAUUAUAUAUUGUAUAGCUCAGUACUAGCUGCUGUAUGUAGACAGAAGUUAUCAUUCAGUAGGCUUGUACUGGAAAGGGAUUAAUGGUAUACACUAUACAGCGUAUUACAGCAUGUCCACUGGCUGGCCAUUUGUAUAUAGGGUGAGUAUAAUAAAAUACAUGUUAGUGAUUGAUUUCGGUUUAUAUACAUCGGCCAUAUUUGUUGGUUGAAUGUAUCCUGGUUCAUACAGAGAUGUUCAUGAAUUUCACUUCUUGCCAGAAAAAAGUCUUUGAAAACUUUAUAUCCAAUGUUGUUUACAUAGCUGUCCUAAUUUAAUUUCACCAAAAGUCUGUCAAUUUCCUUGGAAAAUCUUGGGAAAAUCUUUGAAUUUAAUGACAGAAAGUCCUGGAAAAGUCUUGGAAUUCAUUUACUCGAUGUCUGCAUGAACCCUGGAUAUAAGGAUGACGGUUAAAAAAUACAUAUUAAUGAUUGAAAGUAUAUAUUCUGGCAUCUAUUAUAUCUAAAUUUAUGUCAUCUGUGUGGGGGUGGAAUGUUACAGAUGUCCACAAAGGAUGUUCUUUUUGAUAUCCAAUCACAUAUAUCGGUUACCUAAAGUAUUGAUGUGAGUUGCAGUUUGUUUCUUUCUUUUUUCUCUCCAUUUUAAAUGUAUUUUUCCUGAUUUUCUCCUUAUUUUACCUCAUUUGCUCUUAUAUGUUUACACGCUACUUAAGUUGUUAUAUCAGGGAAUCUAGGUAUUAUCCAUAGAAGGAUAUCUUUGAAGGCAUGUCAUGUUUUACAUUUGGUUGAAACCAAGCCGAACAUGGAAACUGAAGGAAGGAGGGUUUUCUCCUAUGUGUAAUAUGUAUAUAAAACAAACAACUGUACAUCACGUUUAUGAAUAUAAAUUUCUUUAUUGUUAAAGGAAGUUCAUGAGAAAAUGUCUCGUUCAUCAUUGAUUUUGAGGAAUGAUGCAUUUUAGGUUGAUUCCAUUUGUUGAGUUACGGAUAAGGAGCAAAAUGAUUAGUACUGAAAUCCAUAAAGUCCUCCGAUUUAAUUAUUCAACACUCAGAGAUCAUUUAGAGUCGUGUGUACUGUUGGCUUAUUCAUUAAUGCUAUUGCAUCUUUUAUAAUGACAUCUUCAAGGUUAAUCGGAAGGUUUCAGAUGUUUUAUCGGCCUUCUAAAGAACUGAUACGGGCGGCCCACUAACAUCAAAACUCCUACCAUAGUGAAAAACUUGAAAAGCCGACUGGUCCCCGGAUCGGCUCCAUAUCAGAUUUUUAAAAGGUCAGUCAAACAUCAGAAACCUUUGGGUUAUUGCAAGGUAUAAACAAAUUCAUGUGAAGACUACAGAAGAUACACCAUAUCGUAAUUAACGUUCACAACUGUAAUAGUGAUUCCUAAAAUUACCAAAUGCAAGGCAAUAUUCAAAAGGGAGAUUUUUGUUAUCGGACCUAUCUUGAGACAUACCUUGGAUUCAUUUUAGGUAUUUCUUAAUUACGAUCUACUGUCCUUCCAACUGUUAAUUGUUUUUAAAGCAACGUUAGCCAAUAUCAUAACACGGUUCCUUCCCCUCUGUACAUCACACUUGGAUUAGAAGCAUCCUUCCUUUACCAUACAUUGAGCCUCUUGGAGUAGGGUUAAUGUAUUAUAGAUUUUGUCUUUAUCUCUUGUAUAUAAUGAAAAAGGUUUUGCCAUUUAACCUUUGAAAUAAUAAUGUGCAAUGUAGAUGCCAUUUUCGUUUAAGUAAUCGUAAUCGGAAGGAAAUUAAUGAAUGUUUUACUGGAAUGGUCUUGGCAUUUACAUUGCAUUUGUAAUUGAUUAAUGUCACAGCUUGUUGGUUUCUACGAGGGCAAUGUUGUUUUAAUUAGACUUUUGUUGACCUACAUUUACUUCCUUAUAAUGAAUAGUCGUCACAUAUCUACGUAAAUUUCUUUAGAUCUUGUCAAAUACGUUGUAUAUAUAUAUAGAGAUUGUCAAAUACGUUGUAUAUAUAUAGAGAGAGAGAGAGAGACAGAGAGAGAGUAGUAGUAGUAGUGGACUUUUUACAAAGGAGGGCCAAGUUAACAGUCGGGUUAGGAAGAUGGUAUUUACAUUUUAGUUAAAACAUGGAACACUAUAAACGACCAGUCGCCAGGCUAUAUAUCUCAUGCCACGUAACGAUCGCGAGCCCCCUUAUACUCGCACGUACUGUACAGGUGUGUCCAUAUGAAGACGCCUAUGCCAUAGGAACCUGCAAAUUUGUUACAGUCCACGUGUAUUUGGACCUUCCCAGGUGUGUAUAGCACAUUUUCAAACAUUUUGCGGUGGCUAGGAUAAAAUUCGGUAAAAAUGACAAACGUCGAUGUUCAUUAUAAUGAGCUGAACACCAGGGUCGCAAUACACGUAAACUGUAAUAAAUUAUCAGGUCCUUGUCCUUGAGCGUUCGCUGAAAUACUUUAAUAUAUUGAUAUUAGUACAGUAAAAGGGUUUUCUUUCCUUAAAACAUUGAAGGUCAAAAUCAAAUACAGCUUAAUUUGAUCCCAUCCCGAGUUAUCUAAUCACAAAUGUAUCAUCAACAUUUGUUUCGAUGUUAGAUUAGAUGUUUUGCUUUGAGUGACAUUUUCUGGACACAUGGACUUGUUCUCUUUUUCAGAAAUUUUUGUAUCCUUUACAUUUUGCCAUUGUAUCAUCAGUGUUGAGUUAAAAUUAAUGGUUUGUUUUCGCAUUUGAAUCUUUUGUAAACAUUUUUUAUUGGUACAUUAAUUAUGCACUAAUUAUGCAGUGUUACAGUAUCUUUAUGUACACAAUGUUUACACUACAGAUGACGUCAUGUGAUACAGACGCAUUAAAAAAUAUCGGCCAUUAUAUUGAAAACUGAAAAUUUUCUAUUGGUCGAACAAUCGGCUUAUGAUAAUGUAGUGAUAAGGUAGCAAUACUACACAAACAUAUUUAGUGUAUCGGUUUUAUACGAACUAAGUCCUGGAAAUUAUGAAUUAAUAUUUUAUAAUGAUGUCCUUGUGUAUACCUACAGUUAGAAUAUUGUACUAGCCAGUCAAAAAUACUGUGUCGGUAAAUAGGAAUACUAGUGUUCUCGAUUGAAGAUAGUUUUGAUACAUUAACCAAUGAUAAUUGAAUUAUGAAUCCAAAUGUGUCACAAUUAAGCUAAGCAUUCUUUACAUGAGAAUCAUUACAAUCUAAUGGUUUAAAUUACAUUUGUUUCCCCCUGUAUUCACUGUACAUAUUGUCUUGUUAUUUCUAUAUUCCCGACUUUUACACAGUCACACUUAACUCACGUGUAGUAUAAUCACUAUCUAUUCCUGUUAUAAAUAUGUCACUGUAAAUCUUUUAUUCUAAAAUGCAGUUAUUGUAUGAUGUAUGUUUCACCUGAAAAUGGUUUACUAGUGUAGAAAGCAAACAGGGCAGCAAGAGUUAAGCGGCGUCGGAAAUCAAAUGGUUUUUGUGUAUAUGAUUUUUCAUUAAUUCCUUUUUUUCACAAAGUUGCGCAGAAAAUUAAUGAAUGCACAAAUAUUAUCUUAUUAACGACUGAUUGCAUCACUGUUCCGCCUGUUAAUUAUCUGUAGACUUUGCUGUGAUACAUUCGCAUGGUGCUGUGGAUAUUGAAUUUUCUGUUGUAGCCUAAAGCUGUCGCCAUGAAGAAUUUGUAUAUAUAAUGUAGAUAUUGCGGAGGUUAAUGUUCAUACUGAUUAAUAUUAUGAUGUGGUUUUGUUAUUUCUAAGUGCUUUAUUUGUGUGGCAGUUUUGUUUAGAAUGUUGGCUUACAUUCCAAGAGUUGGGUCAAUGUCGGAUUAGUCCUCAUGUUUUUUUUUUGUUUUUUUUUAAGGAUUUUUCUUCGGGUAUUAGUGCAUUUAAAUCUUGUACGUGUUAACGUAUUUAGAAGUAAUCCAUCAGAAUUCUUGUUAAUUAUACUUUCUAUUGUAUAUAGUUUGAAUGAGUACAUGAUAGUUGAUUUUUCGCGGUUUUCAGGUAACAUGACACUCUUUUUUUAUUUUCCUAAAUUUUUUCAGUUCCAUAGUUAAUUCUCCGGGGAUAUGUUUUGUUUGUUUGAUUUUCUUAUCAACUGCUUUUGAAUCGGAAUGUGGAACUCGGAGAAGGUCCAUCGAUUUGUACAACUGUUAAUAUCAAAGCUUUUGGUCUGUAUACAGUCUGUAUAUAGCGUUAGACUUGACGGUCCAUUCCAUCUCAAAACAUGCUAAAUUACAACCUUCAAAAAGGUUACCCAAACAAAUACGAGAACGAUAAAAAAAUCAAUCGUUAGUUUUGAUUAAUGUCAAAGUGCAAAUGGUUUGUUUGCAGUUAUGUAAAAUGUGCUAAAGAUCGUGGAUUUGAUUCAAUACUUUUAAAUUUGUAUAUGUUUAAGGGUAACCUUUGUUGAAAGUAUGGAUUGUUGGCAUCAAAGUCAAACCAGACAAAGAAGUGUCCCCACGAAUACUUGCAGGAAUUAAGAAAUGUCACGAUUUGGAAUUAUAGCAAUACCGAUCUUAAUUCUGUGUGUUUUAUAAUGAAAUGGGCUGUAGCAAGUCGGUCUAAAUCCUGGAUACGCUAGAUAUAACAUAACUAGCGUUAAAUGAGAUAUAUGAAAUAUUUACUCUUCCGGAGCUCUUCUGACCUGUGUGAUUAUAUCUCAUCGAUACCUGUUGCUUUUAGAACUUAGAUUUUGUCUUUCGAUUGUUGUAUUUUUUUUGUAUUUAUUUUUACUGUUUGAACAUUUCAAGCCUGCCAAUAAGCAUCCUCAAAUCUUCUGAAGAGAGGAUAAGUGGUCGUAACCGCUGAGUAUGGAAGAUGGCACAGAAAACCAUCUUGCUACAUAAAUACUUUAUUAUUACUCUUUUCUAUAAUGUAUUUUUUUCUUUAAGUAUAGACGGAUUUAUCAGUAACUGUUUAAGAAAAAAUGCAGGUUUCUGAUAUUAGACGUUUAAUAAUCUGCAGAAAACGUUAUGUUAUUUAUAACUAUUAAUUCCACAGCUGAAACCAGUCGGGGUAUGAUGUAUCACGAUACCUAUGUACCAGAUAUUGAGCUGAUUUUGCGACAAAUACAACUGUGUAUGGAACUGUAUGUCCUGGUGUACCCGUUAUUGUCUGUUCACUGUAUAUUGUUCAUAUCUUGAUAAUAUUACAUUGAAAUCCAGAUGGAAAUGAAAAUAUCCUAUCAGUGUCGGUUAACAACCAGGUCACAUCCUUGCACACGGUUUACAUGGUGUAAUUAUUACUGAUUGGAUAAAGGAGUAAUUAACAUAUAUUAGUCUUGGUGGAAUUUCUAUAAACAUUCUAAUAUGCAUGUUAUUCUAGGAUUUAAGAUAUGUUUCUACCUUCAAUACUCCUGUGCAUUGUAACAGAAAGCAUACAUGUAUAUGUUUCGUUUUCAAGAGACUGUUUUCGAGGCACUAGAACAUAUCGAUAAAACUAUGCAGUAUAUUCGCUGAUUACAGUAUAUGACAUUGUUGUCAACCCUUGGAUGCAAGUCAUAUUCGAAAUCUAACGGUUCCGCUAUCAAUGUUAUUGUCUUUUCCUUACCCUUGGAAUGUAUCAUGGCGAAAGUGAAGUAUGCGCCGCCAUGGUUGUUUUACUGGUCGGGAAUACAUUAUGGUAAAGUUGAUGAGAACAUAGCUCCUCCUACUAUGUACUUUUCCAGCCAUGCGAUUGGGCAGUUUUAUGUCGAGAACCAAUCGAAUGACUAACCGAAUGCUUUGAAUAGGCCAUGACAUAGUCCAAGGGUGCAGGCAAGAUAUGUACACUGAGAACGGACUGUUUUGAUUUCAAGGAUGGAUAUAGGUAAGUAUUUACAUUUGAAUAGAUUAUGCCUCUGCAAGAUAUCACUUCAAGCCGCUAUUGAAGAAAAAAUAUCUGUCCUGACAUCGUCCUAAUCGUUGUUUUAUCGCACUUCGUGUGAUAUGCAGUGAAUUGGUCUAUACACGUAUAUUUGUAGACGUGUGUUAAUCGUAAGUUGGCGGAUGACGCAGAUAUGAUAUCUGGUGUUGGUUGAUUUCGGAGUAUAUCUGCAUAUGGUUUUGUGAAUGUAUAUAAAUAACCGUGGCUUCUGCUCAUUUGUAGUCAAUUUCCAGUAAGUUUUACCUUUGAAUAUACACACACCGACAUAUAUUAUUUUAUCAGUUACCUCACUACACCGAGUGAUGUAGCAAUCUUGACCUAACUAUACACUAUUUGAACUUGCUCGUCUACUGAACAAUAGGAGACACAUAAAACCGCUGUUAAUAUGUGCUGUAUUGCUUUAAAUGUAUGUAAAUUAUGUAAAUAUUUCCAUGUUAAAAUAAACUUUUCAAGUUACUCAGCUACA